CGUCGCUUGCAUUUUUUUGCAGCUGCGACUGGUCGGUUCGCUCAGAGGAACGAAUUUUUGCAAUAUCUCUAUCUCUCUCACUUCUCAUAGCACAUUCCCUACUAUCAUUAUUCGAGAAGAUGUCUACUGUGGCCGACAACGCUUUCGUCGCUGACGACCCGUUAUCUAAUGGCCACCAGCUGCACGACGGUGCAAAUUCUUUCGAGCCUAGCCAAUUAGUGACUGACGGGGAGGUCGUCGAGGCUGCCUUCUAUUGUGUGCAAGAGCCUACACUAGGUGCCGAAGAUGGUUCCGGAGCCGGAGACAAGACCGACGAUAGCUUGGUGACGGCCUCCUCUGACGACACUCUCGCGGCGGAAACGUCUGUCGAGGUUCUCAAUGUUGGCAAGUUAGUUGAUGAUAUGGGGCCAGAGGCACCUGCCCUGCAUGCCAGUGACUUUGAUAAGGAGAACACCAUCCUUAUCCAUGACUCCCAGCCUCUCGCCAACGGCCACCACAAGUCUCUUUUUGUAGAAGAGUCCGAGCAGCUUGCAACUCUCACAAUCGUCCCACGCGACAAGCCUGCAAGUCUUGCAGAGCUCGUCCAAGAGGACGCGAUUGAGAUUUCUGGUACAGUUAUUUCAGAGAUACCCAAGGACGAAUUACCAAUCACUGACGGCGCAGGCACGGAAAUACCCUUUGUCAACGUUGCCACAAUCGUUGUGGAAGCUUCUAAGGCCUCUUUAGAUUAUGGAGAGCCUCCUAUCGCUGCUAGUACUGGACCUGACACGUCCCUAUCAGACUUUGUUACAACUUCCAUAAACGGCGUCGGGAGCACUACUAAUGCAGAGCCUUUCUGUCAGGACGAGACGCCCAUUUCCCAUCCAAGCACCGAAAUAAGCCCAACUGCUGAUAUGUUAGAAGAGGUUGUUGUCUUCCCUGCUGUUGAAGCAGAGGAAAUAUCUACCAUGGCCGCAGAACCUGAAUCAGUUAUCGUAGAAGAUGCAUGUGACCUGAUUGAUGCGGAAGCAAGCAUAACGCAAGUGGAGGCUCCGUCCGUCGGAGAAGAACCUGCGGUCACCGAGACCGUGGUUAUAGCGUCUAUCGAUUCUGUAGCGGAGGCCGCUCCUGAAGCCGAGUCAGGGAUCACACCAACGACGCUCCAAGCUGCACCAAUUCAACCAAUAUUGCGUGAGGUCGUCAUGGAGGAGAGUCCGGCCUGUGAGCCUGGCUCGGAGCCCGCGGUAAUUUUGGAGCCCACCCCGAAAGCUACCGAAUCGGAACCGGUUGAAGAUACUGCUGCAACUGCGGAGCCCGUAACAGAAGUUGGCGAAUCGGAUCUCACUGAAGAAACUGUGCCGGUGUCGGAAGCAGUAGCCACUAUUGUGCCAGCCGAGAUAUCAGGUGCGGGUACAGAGGCGGAGGAAUUUGCUGCAGAGGUUGAUGUAUGUAUCACAGCGGAAAAGGAGGGUGAUAGUGAGUCGCCACAGGGUGCUGUUGAUGCUGAGGACGAGCCAGCUGCUCCCACCGAACCGGAAGUGGAAGUGUUUGUUCCCGAGGUCAUUUCGGCUCCAGCUGAGGCUGCGACAGGGCCAAAUGUCCCGUCAGCUGAAUCAGAGGAAGCUGCCAUCGCCCCAACUACGGCGUCCGAGGUUCCUGUCGAAGCUGCCGAAGCAGAGUCUGUUGAUACACACAACUCCAUCACUGUCGACUCAGAACCAGUCACAAUCCCUGGCCCCGAACCCAUUGCUACCGCUGAGACGGAUCCUGUAGCAGCAGCAGCAGGACGUGAACCUACCGCUGUCGAGUCGGAAGCGCCUGCAGCAAUUGGUGCAGAGCUCACAGAACCUGCAGUCGAGUCUAUUGUAGUGGAGACUGUUCAGAUCGACGUCGAGCCACCCAGUUCCAACGUGUCAUUCAUCGAGGAUCCUGAGGUGGACUUCACGUAUACUGACGACACGCAGACGAUACUAGCUGAGGAGACUCCCGUGUUUGAGGAGCCAGUUUCGAACGUCACUGAUGUUGAGUCCGAGGUGCAGGUAGAAGAUUCCUCUGUUGAGGAGAUUGUGGAGGUCAUUCCAAUCGAUGUUGUUACUCCUAUAGGAGAGCCUGCAUCAGUCGAGGAAAUUCCAGCGGAGGAAGUUGUAGCGAUUGAAGAGGUUGUAGGAGCCGAGGAAUUCCCGGUCGAAGAGCCCGCAGCGGUUGAAGAGACUGUACUGGUUGAGGACACCACCGCGGUUGAAGAAACUCUACCUGCUGAAGAGGUCGUCCCCGUCGAUGUCGCUAUAGGAGAGCCCGCAGUGGCUGAAGAGACUCUACUGGUUGAGGACAUCACCGUGGUUGAAGAAACUGUACCUGCUGAAGAGGUCGUCCCAGUCAACGUUGCUACUGAAGAGCCCGCAGCAGUUGAAGAGAAUCUACUGGUGGAGGAGCCCACUGCAGUUCAAGAAGCUAUACCUGGUGAGGAGGUCGUCCCAGUCGACGUUGCUACUGGAGAGCUUGCAGUAGUUGAAGAAACUCUACUGGUGGAGGAAACCACCGCAGUUCAAGAAGCUAUACCCGUUCAAGAAACUAUACCUGCUGAGGGGGUCGUCUCAGUCGACGUUGCUACAGGAGAUCAUGCAGCGGUUGAAGAGACUGCAGUGAUUGAGGAAACCACCGCAGUUGAAGAAGCUAUACCUGCUGAAGAGGUCGCCCCAGUCGAUGUUGCUACUGGAGAGCCCGCACCAGUCGGGGAGGUUCCCCCGGUCGAAGUUGUAGCAGUCGAAGAAUAUGCACCAAUCGAAGAGAUCACUCUAGUUGAGGAUAUCACCCCUGUUGAAUCAGCUGCUCCAAUCGAAUCAUCCUCGCCAGUCGAAGAGCCUGUUGUUGACGAAGCUGAGCCUACCGUCGAAGAGCUCGCCGCUCCUAUUGACGAUGAUCCAUUGUUGGAAGAGACCAUGCCUUCUGUCUAUGCAGCCGACGUCGAAGCGCCUCUUCCCACCGUUGAGGUUUCCUUACUUGGAGAACCUGCCGCAUCCUUUGAGGAGCCUCUUGUUGCACCCGAAGAAGCAUUCGCUAAAACACCCGCUCCAGCAGUUGAAGAGACUUCGCCCGCAGGAGAUGCUUCAACUGUUGAAGAAACAUCUGCUCCCCUUGUCGAGGUGCCAGUCGAAGAAGAUAACCCUGCUAUCGAGGAGCAUUCUGCGCUCGCAGCAGUGGAUGUGCCUGAAUUAGGAAUAGUAGAAGAGCAUACGUCUGUCGCGGUCGAGGACAUUUCGGGGCGCAAACACGAGCCUGUAGCAAUCGAGGAAACUCCCGCAGAUGCAGUGGAACCUGUCUCUGUUGAUGAUAGAAUUCCUCCCACUAUAAACGAGACACCCCUCCCUGCAGAAGUGCCCUCGGAUACUGACGGGCCUGCUCUUGAGGUAACUUCAGCCACGGAAGAAAAUUUCGUCCCGGAAGAAGAGUCCGUUACUACCAUUGUGUCAGACGAAACGAUCUCUGAAGUGGCAGUUGUCGCAUCGGUCGAAGAGGAUGUCCUUGCGGUCCAGGAACCUCUCGAGUCCCUGGACGUAGAAGUGCCCGAACCAGGCAUGCAUGAGGAAGCCGCAGCGCCAACGAGAGACCAUGAGUCAGUUGCAGUCGAGGAUACGCCGGUGUCCGAUGAUCAGCCUGUCACCGUCGAGGACACCCCCGCAAGCGAAGGGAGAUCUGUCUCUGUCAACGAUCAAUUCCCUCCCACGAACGAGAUUCUACCCAUUGCAGAAGUGUCCUCGGCUGCUGACGAGCCAACACUUGAUGACAGUCCAUCCACCGAAGAACCUUUCACGCCUGAAGACCAGCUUACCACCGCCUCUACUGUGGAGGUACAGCCAACAGCAGGAGAAGUCGCUGUUGCGCCCGAAGAAAUUACCUCGAAAGCGGAGGAGUCCAUUCCGGCUUUUGAAGUGGCCCCCACCACUCCCGCGGACCCAGUGCUUGACGAUUCCUCAUCUCCUGAGGAAAUUACAAUUGUCGCCGAGGAGUCGACUGUCGGGUCUGACGCUUCCGUAACUGAACUACCCGUGGCUGUUGAUGAACCCGCUCCCGCUGUAAGUGAAGUAUUGGUCGUCGUCGAAGUUGUUCUCGAAGAGGUCCACGCUACCCCGGAACGCACCGAAGACGCCUCAUGUAGUGAAGAGACUAAGGACGAACUUGAGAAUUCGCCACAUGCAGAGGCACCUGUAUGUUUGCCUGGGCAACCCUUCGUAGAGGAGUCUCUCCCUACAGCUCCCAUCGUUGACGAGUUUGCGCUCGAACCCGCAGAGGAGCCUGAGAUCUUAGAGGAGCUGCAUGUGGUUACCUCCCAAGUUCUUGUCAAUGGAGGGCAUUUUGAAGUCGAUAAGGACUCGGAGCCUCCGAUUGCACAUGUAGAGACUUCUAGCGAGAUUGAAGAGACCGAAGCAGUCGAGCAACCCGAAACUACCGCAGUCAAAGAGGUCACUGAACAGCAAGAGAUUGUAACAUCCUCAGCUCUUAGCGUUGCUAGCGAUAUUGAACGUCCCAAGUCACCAUGGAGCCCUUCUUACAGCGUCAUGACUCAAGGACCAGGCGUUGCCGUCGAGGAGCGUGUGGACGCCUAUGAAGACGAUGAUGACGUUGCCCCUGCCCAGUCACAAACACCCGAGAUCAUUAUUGAUGAAGUAGCCGCAGUUGUUCCAGAGAUUGCAGCUGAUAUGGAAGCGUCUGGACAAUCCCAAAUUGAGGUUUUACAUUUGGCAGAGGAACAGGUAUAAUUUGACCCCUAUUGCCUGUCUGCCUUUGACUUAACUCGAGGAUAGGUUGCGCUCGGUGAACCGGAAGAGCCUCACCCCAAAUCACCUUGGACGCCUUCUUACUCAGUGACUGUGCAAGGCAACAUGGCUCACACUAAUGAGGGACUUGAUGACU